CCCCACCAUACGCUCCCCCUCCACAGCAUAUAGCAGGUAGAGCCUCUAGCCCAAUGCCUCCGCCAGGGCCGUAUGGACCGGGUCAGAUUGGCCCUAUUCCUCCGCAAGGAGGACCUCCCAUGGGUAUGCAGGGCCCUCCUCCUGGACCCUAUGGUGCACAUCCACCAGUUUACCCUCCUGCCCCUCAGAUGGGGGGUCACCGGGACAGUCAUCCUGGAAUGCACCAGAUGCAGAAUAGGCCUCAUGCGGCAGAAGUUGAAGGUACCAACAAGAGCAAAGCGCAGCUGAUCGUUGGAAUUGAUUUUGGUACCACUUUCAGUGGUGUUGCAUUUGCAUUUGCUACGGAUCAGGAAGCGAAAGAGGAUAUUAUUACCGAGUGGCCCGGUGCGGGUAACCAGACUAAGAAUAAGAUCCCCACUGUUUUGUACUAUGACCAGUAUCAGAAGGUUGUCGGUUGGGGACCUGAUAUUGCGGAUGCUUUGGCUCCUACCGGUUAUCCUAAGCCUGGUGUACAAAAGGUCGAAUGGUUCAAACUGCAGCUUAUGCUUUCUGGAAAUACUUACAUCGAUCCCAUCAAUCUUCCCCCUCUUCCUCCUGGGAAAUCUGAAGUCGAUGUCGCUGCGGACUAUCUCUUCAAGUUGCGCCAAGCUAUGAGAGCUCAGCUUCAGAAGACCUUAGGAGAAGUCUUUAACCGUGAGGAGCGUAAUAUCCGCUAUUUCUUGACCGUACCAGCUAUCUGGAAUGAUGCGGGGAAAGCCGCAACCAGAGCUGCAGCUAUUCAGGCUGGUUUUUUGAGAGACGAAAACGACAAUAGGUUGACAUUGAUUACAGAACCCGAGGCUGCGGCAAUGUUCUGUUCCAAGACUGGUCUUCUUAAUCUUAAGAUCCAUGAUGCUGUUCUUAUUGUUGAUUGCGGUGGUGGAACUGUCGAUUUAAUUGCUUACGAGGUCGAAGAAGAGGUCCCUUUCUCUGUGGCGGAGUGUACAGCAGGUUCCGGUGACUCUUGCGGUUCGACAGCUCUUAAUAGGAACUUUUCGAACAUCUUGCGUGCCAAGAUUAGGAAGAUGAAGUUGCCGGAUGGAUCGAGAACUGCUGGCAAGGUAUACGCCAAGUGUAUUAUGGACUUUGAGAACCGCAUCAAGGCGGACUUUAGAAAUAAUGGACAAAAGUGGGCUGUUGAUGUCGGCAUUGAGGCUGAGUUCCCUGAUGCCGGUAUCGAGGAAGGUUACAUGACUUUCACCAAUGAAGAAAUUCUUCAGUGUUUUGAACCUGUGGUCAAUAGAAUUCUGGAGCUGGUAAGGAAUCAAAUCAUUGCCAUCCAGGCGCAGAAUAGACAACUUCAGAAUGUUUUGGUUGUUGGUGGAUUUGGUGCCUCAGAGUACCUAUUCCAGCAAAUCAAAUUACAUGUGCCUCCUCAGUUCCAAUCAAAGGUUGUACGUCCUAUGGACUCUGUGGCUGCUAUUGUGAAGGGAGCUGUCACCGCUGGUAUCACUGAGAAGGUUGUUACAUCGCGUGUUGCCCGUAGACAUUAUCUCAUGGCAACUCUGCAACCGUUCAAAGAGGGGCAUCACCCCGAGCAAUACCGCGUACCCAGCUUGGACGGAAAGGACAGGUGCAAAUAUACUCGCCAGAUUUUCGUCACCAAGGGACAGAGAGUCAAGAUUGGGGAACCUGUCAAGGUUUCUUUCUUCAGACAGGUCGCUCCUGGCGCUACUCUGAUGUACGAGGAUAUCCUGUAUGCUUGUGACGACGACGUUUGCCCAGAGUACACCAAAGACCCUCGUAUCAAGGAAGUUGUGACACUCACCUCUGACUUGUCUCGAAAGAACUUGGAGAAGGACUUCGAGCGGAUGGAUACUCCUCAGGGAACAUUUUACAGGGUCUAUUUCGAUAUUUUCCUCACCCUUGACGGAUCAGAAUUUAAUGCAGAGUUGGUCUGCCAAGGCGAGGUUAUGGGUCGUUGUGUAGCAAAGUUCAGGUAG